GUGAGCCGGAGCCGGAGUGGCAGCGGCGGGUCCGCGGGCCAGGUGGGCUAGCUGCGGGAAAGCGCGAAGGCCAGCGGCCGCCUAAGGGAGGGUGUGUGGCUCGGAGGCCCGCGGAGCAGCGAUUGCAGAAACCGACGGGGCCGCGGCCACCGAGGGAGGGAAUGGUGCUCCCGGAAGGAGGCGCCGUCCGUCCCGGUGUGAGGGUCAAGUGAAUGAGGUUCUCGGCCCGGGCCGGCCCGGGGAGCGUGCGCUGCGGCUCCCAAGCAUGAAUGCGGGCCCCGGCUGUGAGCCCUGCACCAAGCGGCCCCGCUGGAACGCCUCCGAAGCGUCUGCUCCGGCUGCCACGGACGCCCGCAGCUUCGCCGACAGGCACAGACGCUUCCUCGACCCCGAGGACGAUCGUCCCGUGCACUUGAGGGUCGCGCCGUCCUCACCUGGCCGCGUCCCCGGGCGGGCGACACCGCUCAGAGGCAGCGUCCCUUCGUUUGUUUUCAAACAAAAGACUAUUACCACUUGGAUGGACACUACAGGAAUCAAGACAACUGAUUCAGAAAGUUUACAUUGUAAAGAAAACAACAAUACAAGAAUAGAAUCUAUGAUGAGUUCUAUACAGAAAGACAAUUUUUACCAACACAAUGUGGAAAAACUAGAAAACGUUUCUCAGCUAAGUCUUGAUAAACCCCCCAUUGAGAAAAGCACACAGUAUCUGAGUCAGCACCAGGCGACUAUAUGUAAGUGGCAGAACGAAGGGAAACGAGCAGAACAGCUUUUGGAAAGCGAACCUCCGACAGUGACUCUUGUACCAAAGCAGUUCAGUAAUGCUAAUGUUGAUCAUGCACCCCAAACCAAUGAUCCCAGUGACACCAACAGUGAAGAAAACAGAGAUAAUCAACAAUUUCUUACACCCGUGAAGCUUGCAAAUGCAAAGCAGGCUGUAGGAGAUGAGCAGGCCAGCGAAGUCAAAAGCCACCAGAAGUGUAGCAAGGCUUGCCAUCCUGUGAAAGACUGUGCAGGUUGUGAAGAACAGGAGAUAGAUGUGGUACCAGAGAGUCCAUUGUCAGAUGUUGGCUCGGAGGACAUUGGAAUUGCACCAAACAAUGACAACAAAUUGAGUAGACAAGAAAGUAGCCUGGAAACUUCUCCUCCAGUUGAAAAGGAAAGUGAGCCUGAGUCACCAAUGGAUGUAGACAACUCCAAAAACAGUUGUCAGGACUCAGAGGCAGAUGAAGAGACAAGUCCAGGCUUUGAGGAACAAGAAGAUCGUAGUUCCUCCCUCACAGCAAAUCACCUUUCAGGGUGCCCAGUGACAGAAGCUGACAGUGAACUGAGGAACCAGCACUCUACUAAGGGAGGUGAAACGAGAUUGCAUUUCCAGUUUGAAAGGGGAGAGGGUCAUGCUGGGACAAGUGAUUCAAAUUCCAAACCAUCUGGAAAUACUUCUAGCUGUAAUGUAGAAAGUAAAAAUUCCAAGCCACAUGGAAAAAAGGAUUCUAAAAUCACAGAUCAUUUCAUGAGAAUGCCCAAAGCAGAGGACAGAAGAAAAGAACAAUGUGAAAUCAAACAUCAAAGAGCAGAAAGGAAGAUCCCUAAAUACAUUCCACCUCACCUUUCUCCAGAUAAGAAGUGGCUUGGAACUCCAAUAGAGGACAUGAGAAAAAUGCCUCGGUGUGGGCUCCAUUUGCCUUCCCUGAGACCGUCUGCUAACCACACAGUAACGAUUCGGGUUGAUCUUUUGCGAGCAGGCGAAGUUCCUAAACCUUUUCCAACACAUUAUAAAGAUUUAUGGGAUAACAAGCAUGUUAAAAUGCCUUGUUCUGAACAGAAUUUGUACCCUGUGGAAGACGAGAAUGGUGAGCGAACUGCAGGGAGCCGGUGGGAGCUCAUUCAGACUGCACUUCUCAGUAAAUUCACUCGGCCCCAGAACUUGAAGGAUGCUAUUCUGAAAUACAAUGUGGCAUAUUCUAAGAAAUGGGACUUUACAGCCUUGGUUGAUUUCUGGGAUAAGGUACUUGAAGAAGCAGAAGCCCAGCACUUGUAUCAGUCCAUUUUACCUGAUAUGGUAAAAAUUGCACUCUGCCUGCCUAAUAUUUGCACUCAGCCAAUACCACUUCUGAAACAGAAGAUGAAUCAUUCCAUCACAAUGUCACAGGAGCAGAUCGCCAGUCUUCUAGCGAAUGCUUUCUUCUGUACGUUUCCCCGGCGAAAUGCUAAGAUGAAAUCAGAAUAUUCUAGUUAUCCAGACAUUAACUUCAAUCGGUUGUUUGAAGGGCGUUCAUCAAGGAAACCAGAGAAACUGAAAACACUCUUCUGCUACUUUCGAAGAGUCACAGAGAAAAAACCUACUGGGUUGGUGACCUUUACAAGACAGAGUCUUGAAGAUUUUCCAGAAUGGGAAAGAUGUGAAAAGCCAUUGACACGAUUGCAUGUCACUUAUGAAGGUACCAUAGAAGGAAAUGGCCGGGGCAUGUUACAGGUGGACUUUGCAAAUCGUUUUGUUGGAGGUGGUGUAACCAGUGCAGGACUUGUGCAAGAAGAAAUCCGCUUUUUAAUCAACCCAGAGUUGAUUGUUGCACGGCUCUUCACUGAGGUGCUGGAUCACAAUGAGUGUCUUAUUAUCACAGGUACUGAACAAUACAGUGAGUACACAGGUUAUGCCGAAACAUACCGUUGGGCCCGGAGCCAUGAAGAUGGGAGUGAAAAGGACGACUGGCAGCGACGCUGCACUGAGGUUGUUGCCAUCGAUGCUCUUCACUUCAGACGCUACCUCGAUCAGUUUGUGCCUGAGAAAAUGAGACGUGAGCUUAACAAGGCUUACUGUGGAUUUCUCCGUCCUGGAGUUCCUCCUGAGAAUCUUUCUGCAGUGGCCACAGGAAACUGGGGCUGUGGUGCCUUUGGGGGUGAUGCUAGACUGAAAGCUUUAAUACAGAUACUGGCAGCUGCUGCAGCUGAACGAGAUGUGGUUUAUUUCACCUUUGGGGACUCAGAAUUGAUGAGAGACAUUUACAGCAUGCACACUUUUCUCACUGAAAGGAAACUGACUGUUGGAAAAGUAUAUAAGCUGUUGCUACGAUACUACAAUGAAGAAUGCAGAAACUGCUCCACCCCUGGACCAGAUGUCAAGCUUUAUCCAUUCAUAUGCCAUGCUGUUGAGUCUUGUUCAGAGACCACCAGCCAGGACAAAGGGUAGGGACUGAGCAGCCAAGUGAAUAGAAACUCCUCCCACCUCUCAAAGACUCCUGUUUGAAUUGCUAGGUAUAACAGAUGGGCUUAAGCUAAUAACAGAUGGACUUAUGCGAAUAUAAAUGUGUAUAUAAUCCACAUUUGUAAUCAAGGAUGCAAUCUCUCCUAUACAUAUGUAGUCUGUCAGUAGUGCAAGCUCCUUCCAUCCUGAUUUACAUGGGUUAGGUACAUUAUCUUUUAUUUUUCUUUGUGUCAGUCGCCAUCUUUAUUUUUCUUUUCUUUCUUUUACCACAUUGUCUUAUGAAACUCCAUGAAAGGUUGUGCUCAGCUGUUAGGUCUUUUUUCAGGUGUUUAUGUUUUACAAACUGCCUCUGGUUCACAGAUGCCAUUAAGCCUAGAAGAAAGUUAAAUCCAUUAAUUUCUGUAAUGGAGUUCAAUUUGCUUCUGAGCCUUUACCCCAACUUUUAUUAGGCUUGAAUUAUUUGAAGCUUUGAAUUUUGAAAAGUAAGAGUUAGAGUUUACAUGUUGUAUAAUGAAAACAACUUGGGUUAAAACCAUAUCUUUUAAAUUUUAUUUCCACAGGUCAUUCUUUUGAAACACUAUUUCUGUCUGUAGUGAUUGGUUUGUCCAUUUCCCCCAGAUCAGUUGACACUGGCACUCUUUUGGAAACUGACCAGUAAAGGAAAUAUAUAAUAAACUAUCGUUUUAAAAAAACAGAUUCAAGACAAUUAAGGGGUGGUAUUUGGUUCUUGAGGGUUUUUUUUUUUAAACAUUAGGAUUGAUGUUAUUCUGUGGUGCCUAAGACAUAUUCAUUCAUAUAACCAAAGUUUAGAAAUUGGAAGCUUCAUGCUGAUUUGUAUAUAUUGAAGUUUCUCUGGAAUUCAAAAGUUAAGAGUUAACAAAUUUUCAUUAAUAAAUCAUUUGUCAGAAA